AUGCUUACGCGACAGUCUUCUUUGCUGCAGCAACAAAGUCGUAUUACUUGGCUUUCUGAUGGGGAUCGGAAUACUAAGUUUUAUCAGAAUAAGGUAAAGUAUAGGCGGUCUCGCCUGAACAUUAAGCAGCUUGUUAUUGAUGACAUCGUGAUUGAUAAUCAUGAUGCCAUAGCUGGGCAUGUGGUUCAAUUUUAUGUUGAUCUUUUCGCUGCUCAUCCCACGGUUGUGGAUAGGUCCUGGAUUCACCAGCAUAUUCCUUCUCUUCUCACGAUUGAACAGGGAGCUGCGCUCAUUGAUUGUCCGACUGAGGAUGAGAUACGGGCGGCGGUUUUCUCGAUGAACAGUAAUGGUGCCCCGGGCCCAGACGGUUUUAAUAGAAAAUUUUUUCAGGUGGCUUGGGAGAUUGUUGGAGCGGACAUCAUAGCGGCUGUUCAGCGCUUCUUCACUCGUCACUAUUUACCUGUGGGUUUUAACUCUAAUUUUCUCACCCUUCUUCCUAAGAAGGUGGAUGCGUCAUCUAUCUCGGAUUACAGACCAAUUGUUCUUGGGAAUUUUCUGUUCAAAAUCAUUACUAAAGUCUUAGCUACUAGGCUAAAUAUUAUUGCUCCUUCUAUUAUUUCGCCGAACCAGUUUGGGUUUGUGGCAGGGCAUUCGAUUCAUGAAGGCAUUCUUCUUGCUUCGGAGGGUGUAAACUGUAUGAAUCGAUCUCUUAAGGGGAAUAAUAUAGCUCUGAAGGUGGAUAUUAAGAAAGCUUUUGAUACUCUGGAUUGGCAAUUUGUGAAUGUGGUGUUACAGGCGUUUGGAUUUCCUGCUACUUUCAGAAAUUGGAUUCAGAUAAUUUUUUAUUCUGCCCGGAUUUCUAUUAUGUUCAAGGGAACAAUUCAUGGGUUUUUCUCGUGCGGUCGGGGGGUUAGACAGGGCGAUCCUUUGUCCCCACUCAUUUUCAGUUUAGCGGAAGAGGUCUUGAGCAGGUUGCUCCUCCAUGCGGCGGAUAAUAAUUUUAUUGCUCAGAUGCGUAUGUCGCGGCAGCUGCUUUUCCCAUCACAUUUACUUUAUGCGGAUGACGUCCUUCUUUUUUGUCGGGCGUCGAAGAGAUCUUGUGUGAUGAUUAAUUCUAUUUUACAGUUGUAUGCUAGUGUUUCGGGGCAGCAUUGUAAUAUUGCUAAGUCGACUAUUUAUUUUGGUAAGGGUGUUUGUACUCCGAUGAAGCGGCGGGUUCAACGAGUUCUUGGGUUCGCUGCUGCAUCGCUUCCGUUCAUUUACUUGGGGGUGCCGGUCUUCACGGGACGGGCUUGUACUUCGAAGCUCCGAAAGAUAAAGGAUUUUAUUCUGUCUAAGUUCUCUCGCUGGAAAAGUCUUCAUCUUUCUAUGGCUGGACGGGUUGUUCAUUUGGACUGGUUGCUGCACGACCACGGCUCGCUCUUCGGUGGCGUGAAAUCGCGUUUGCGCGCCGAAGGGGUUCGUGAGCCAAUUCAGCAGGUCGUUGAGGAUACAUUCUGUAUCCUGGGCAAUGGGGAUUCGAUUUCGUUUUGGCUUGACAACUGGUUGGGUUAUAAAUUGGUGGAUAGGCUGCAUAUUCCACAUUACAUGUUCCCGUUUUUUUCUCAACGGGUUUCAAAUUAUUUCUUUAAUGAUACUUGGCACUUCACUGAUUCCUUCAUUGAAGCGUUUUCGGAGGUGGCUUUUGAUAUCAUCUAUAUUCCGUUUUCUGAUGAUGUUGAUUAUAGAGCCUGGACUCACUCGCGGUUUGGUGAGCUUUCGGCAGCCUUGGCUUUUGAUUAUCUUGCUCCAUCAUACCCUAUUGUUGAUUGGGGCAAGUGGAUAUGGGCGACUUUUAUUCCGGUACGCCGUUCGAUCACGUGUUGGAAGGUGAUCUUGGGGCGCCUGCCAACAACGGAUACCCUUCGGCGUUGUGGUUUUGUUGGGCCCAGUUUUUGCUCGCUUUGUCGCAAUGCACUGGAAAGGAUUGAACAUAUUUUUUGGGAAUGUUUCUUUGCUAAAGAGGUUUGGAGCAAUCUCUUUUCCUGGUUUGGAGUCGAUAUUCCUUUGGUUCAUGAUGUGGGGAGUUUGAUUAUUCAAGCUAUGAGAUUUGAGGCUAGUGCGCAGAUGACCAGCCUUUGGAGACUUGGUGUUGUCACGCUAAUUUGGGGGUUGUGGUCAGCACGCAAUCAGGCGGCUUUUCAUGAUGUUCAACCGAAAACUCAAGCUAUGGUCAGCCUGCUCUUUCUCUCAUUCAAGGAGACUUCGAGUAACUUUAGACUUGGGUGUAUGGCGAAUUCUAUUCGUGAGUUACAGGUGUUUCACCGCUUGAAAGUCCCGGGCAACCCACGACCGACUCCGGUGAUUGUAGACGUUAUUUGGAAGCUUCCGCCGCCGCUUUGGCUCAAAGCUAACAUUGAUGGUUCCAUACGGGGAGAACCGGCUGCCAUGCAUGCGGGUGGUGUGAUUCGAAAUGCUUUUAAUUUGGUGAUUGUGUGCUAUCAUUUCUCCGUGGGGCCGGGGUUUCCUUUUGAAGUAGAACUUUUGGCACUUUUGAUUAUCUUGGAAAGAGCUGCUACCAAUAAUUGGUAUAAUCUUUGGGUGGAGUCGGACUCUACUUACGUCGUCAACAUUUUUAAUAACCGAUCUACUUUGGUGCCGUGGCAUUUCCGUGGGCAUUGGCUUGCUGCUCCUAAGGGUGUCGCUCAUUGCAGCAUCAUGUGUUCUCACAUUUUUCGCGAGGGGAAUAAGGUUGCAGAUUUCAUGGCGUCUUCGGUCUCUCAAGAUAGCUUCUGGUAUCACUCGCUGAGCUGCUACCAAUAA